AUGGAACGCGAAGGAGCCGCGACCUCGGUGGAACCAAAGGAGACCAAUCCCUCAUCUCGUCCAACGAUGAAGAGGGGACGGUCAACGGAGGAACCACAUCCUGAGGCGAAGAAACCUUCAAAGGGAAACUCCUCUUCUCCACCGGCUGUUGGGGACAAACCUUCUGAAGAGUGUGGAAGUCCAGUUGUUGGAAUAACAGCACCAGCUGUUGCACCACCAACAGAAGCCCAGGCUGCUUCCACUGAUACAAAAACAAAGAAGCGCAGGACACGAAGAACAAAGAAGAUGGAACGCGAAGGAGCCGCGACCUCGGUGGAACCAAAGGAGACCAAUCCCUCAUCUCGUCCAACGAUGAAGAGGGGACGGUCAACGGAGGAACCACAUCCUGAGGCGAAGAAACCUUCAAAGGGAAACUCCUCUCCUCCACCGGCUGGCUAG